AUGGACCUGACUAUUGCCAUUCACAUGCAGUCACCUGAUGAAAGCCAGGUCUGGGGCCCUGGCCAGUCCCUAUGGGGCCUGAUCGCUGAACAUGUUUCUGAGUCAGAGCUGCCAAAGAUCUACACCGCACUGGGCCAUUCCUUGGUAGAUGUGUACACGGACAUGCGCACUGAGGCAGAGAUGUGGCACAAGAUGUGGCAGGAGAACCAGCGAAGUGGAAAGCACGGCGGUGGGGCAGCGACCCCGCUCCCACGUCUGCAGGGUGCCCCUCUAGUUGACCCCCCUGCUGUGAAAGAGCUUUUGAGAGCUGAGGUCAAGAUGUUACUACAGACUCUCAGAGAGAAAGCCAGCAGGGCAGGAAGAGAUGUUGAGGAGCUCCUGCAUCGGUACAAACCUGAGACUCUAAACUACGCCCUCGGCCACCGAGACAGAUGUUACACUAAUUGCACCAACCCUGAAGAUACUGACAGUGGAAGCAGGCCAGACUCCCGCUGUUCAGUCCAGUCCAGAGCUGAAGAUGAGAUCGAAGCAGUGAGAGGAAAGCUUAAUGUCACCGAGAUAGACCAAGUGGUUGAUCGACUCAGGUGACCUUCCUCUGUGGCUUUUGUCAUUGCCCUGCCUCCUUCACGCUCCAUCCCUCCGUUCCUUCCUCCACCCCUCACUCUGAGGCCCACGGGAGCUGUCCUAAUAGGGGAAUGUGAAGAACUGACCAGACUGGUGAAGCAUUUAAAGGCAAACAUUAAACAAAAGUGUCACAGCGGACUUCAUAAAUCUGAACCUUCACUUGCAGACCUGAGAGAACUUAGAGGAGCUAUACAAGUGGAUUUGGAGCUCAGCCCCUUUCUGUUCUCACCUUCGUCCCCUUUGCCUGCAAAGAAAGGUUUCAGACUGACAGCAGCACAAAGCUCAGAGAGUCUGAAAACUUUAUCUCCUCCAUCAGUCCUAAGACCGCAUCCACCUCCUCUGUCCCCUCCUAUUCCCAGGCCUCCAGCUAGACCCCGUCUCUCUAAGAUGUCAACAUCCAGGACUCACGGCCAGCAUAGAGUCACAUCAGCUUUUAAUAAGUCAAGCAAAACACCUACCUGCAGCACUGCUGACACAUCUGGGCAUACACACGGUCUCCUCACCACUGACCACAUAAUGAGAAGUUUCAGUUUCACAAAGACCCCGCCUCCAACUACAACUAGGACUGCACAGCUGUUCUUCGUGGUCUUUGGAGUUGGGUCAAGCUGGACAUCAUGA